AUGCAUUCGGCAUUGAAUCGACUACAAGCCGUCUUUGGCUUUUUCACCACCGUCGCCUUAGUGGUGGCCGGAGCGGCUGCGCUCUCGGUGCUUCUGUUUCCCACCGAUGCGACGACAGCGUCGGUCUCGUUGAAGAAUGUUCAGGUUUCCAUCUUAUGGGCCCUAUCCCGCAGCGUCAAAGGCCGACCCCAUUACUACUCGACAAAACGUGAAGAAUAUGCCCAAAUCCGCUUCGACCUCGACGCCGACCUGACUCCCCUCUUUAACUGGAACACCAAGCAACUCUUCGUCUACGUCUACGCGACCUAUUCCUCCUCUGACCAGCCCGGCACCACACAGACUCGUGCCUCGGAAGCCAUCAUCUGGGAUACCAUCAUCCCCGCCGCUCCCUCCCCUUACUCCUUUGCCAAUCUCAAAGAACACGUCCUCUCCUCCCUCCCUUCUUCCUUGACUUUCUCCAAGACCGGAAACUCCAAGCGGUCCACCAAGUCCAAGCGCACUUCCAAGACCUCCUCCGCGGCCAGCGCUCGAGCCCAGAAGAAGCUGGAGAACCCCGGGAUGUUGCGUCUGCGAGGGCAAAAGGCCAAAUAUCAAAUCAGUGAUAUCACGGGCCGAUUGGCGGAGCGCGAGAACGUCACCUUGUCGGUGGGAUGGAAUGUGCAGCCCUGGGUGGGUGCGUUGCUGUGGGCGCCGGGGACGGGGGCGGCGCCUCACACCGAGGGUCAGUUGAUCAGUAGUGAGAGCUUUGAUUUCCCGGCUCUGAAGGGCAAGAAGGUGGAGAGUGCGCAGACUGGUGUGUAA